AUGAUAUUUUUAAUUUUAAUAAUUGUUUUUUCUAAAAAUAUAAAUAGUAUAUUUUUAAAUAAUAUUUCAUUUACUAAUUAUUUUCGUAGCCAUAGGCAACAAAGUAUAGUUUUCAGAGGUUCAGCAAAUAUUUGGCCUGAAAAAGAAAUACCAUAUUUUGUUAGUCCUAUGUUAGAUUAUGCUUUAAUUAAUGCUGCACUUUAUAGAAUAACAAAAGAAACAUGUUUGAUGUUUAGAUAUAAAAAAAAUAUUAAAGAAUCUUUGUUUAUUUAUUUACCUGGUAAAUAUUAUGAAACAAAUUUAGGAAGAAGAAAAGAAAUUCCUCAUAAAAUUUAUAUUUCAAUAAAUUUUAAAGACAUUGGAAAAGUUAUGCGAGAAACAAUGCGUGCAUUGGGUAUUGGAUAUGAGCAUAAUAGACAUGACAGAAAUAAUUAUAUAAUGGUUUUUAAAAAUAAUAUAAAACCUCAUUUUUUAAAAUAUUUUAGUAAGAAACAGGAAAUGUUUAUAAAUACAUAUGAUAUAACUUAUGACUUUAGAUCAAUAAGGCAUUUUUCAUCACAUGAAUAUGCCAAAUCUUCUAAAAACACUAUUAUUCCUAAGGAACAUUCAAUGGAAUUAGUAAUGGGUACAUCAGGGUAUCUAACUUUUAAUGAUGCUAAAUUUUUAAAUAUAAAUUACUGUUCAUAUCCACAUAUUUCACAUCCUAAAUGUUUAUACUAUGGAUAUCAAGAUCCACGAGUACCAACAAGAUGUAAAUGUUUGCCAUUUCUUACUGGUAAUCAAUGUGAUUUAAUAAUUACAAAUGAUAAUUAUUGUACUCAAGAUAACUUAUUUUAUGCAUCUAAAACUCCAUCAAAUAUAACUCUUAGUGUUGGAGGAAGAUGUUUUUUUAUGAUACAAACAGGAUUAGGUAAUAGAAUUAAAAUGUUUAUGAAAUUUCUUAACAUUAGACGAUAUACUACAAAAAAAUGUACAGAAAAUAACAGUAUUGAAAUUAAGACUAGAAAAGAUCUAUCUACAAGUGGAAUUUUAUUCUGUCCUAAUAAAUAUGAUUUACGUUUAACUACACCAAAUGAUAUAGUUGCAAUUGUAUCAAAUUUUCCACAAUCAAAUAUUUUAUUAAAUAUACAAUUUGUUGAACACCGAGUAUAA